AGAUGUUGAAGGGGAGGAGGUCGAAGAGAAGGAGGUGCCCUGCGUACAGACUGACCGAUGACCUUGUAGUCGAGAUCCUCUCUCGCCUCCCUGCCAGAUCGGUCUGCCGCUUCAAGUGCGUGUCCACAACCUGGCGGGACCUCAUCUCGCACCCCAUCCACCGUAAGAAGCUUCCCCAGACCCUGUCUGGCUUCUUCACUAAGCAUGAUGACGAUACCGAGACCAUGCCAUGUUCAGUUCUCCAUUUCACUAAUAUCUCUGGCAGAGGCCCCCCGUUGAUCUCACCCUCGUUUGACUUCCUGCCAGUCCACACACGCGUCUUUCCCUUGAACACCUGCAACGGCCUUAUCCUCUGUGCAUGUGAUCCUAUCGGGGAUAUGACAGAAUUCCAUGACUUCGUGUGCAAUCCUACAACAAAAGAGUGGGUUGCAUUGCCGGAUUCCAAACUUGGCCACAUGAGGCGGAUUAGAUAUCUGGGUUUCAAUCCCGCCGUGUCACCCCACUUCUAUGUAUUUGAAUUCUUUGUGGACUAUGAGCGUUUCCCUCCAUUGCUCAACCGAGUGGAGGUGUACUCCUCUGAAACCGGAGAACGAGUUCACAGGGAGGACAAUGAUGUUCUCCCUUUUGAUCGUAGAUUGUCAAGUGUCUUUUUUAAUGGCUGUCUGCAUUAUGUCACCAUUGAUCAUUCUAUAGCCGUGCGGGAUACUCAGGGGAAAGCAUGCAGGAGCAUACCUGCCCCUGAUAAUGAGGAAUAUGGUUUCAUUCAGCAGUCCCAAGGUCGUUUGCACUAUGCCAAUUUUGAGUCAGAUGAUGAAGAUGUAAUGACUCGACUAGUGGUCUAUGUUCUGGAGGACUAUGAAAACCAACAAUGGGCAUUGAAGCAUACAGCUGAAGCGUCUUAUGUACUUGGACGGACAUGUUCUAAACAUGCACGGAAGUUUGAAUGGGUUGCAAUCCAUCCGGACUGUAACACGAUCUUCUACGUUCUUGGGUGUUAUAAUAUAUUGAUGUCCUAUGAUAUGGACCGUCAGGAAGUCCAAGCAAUCUGCAGUCUUGGAAAAGACACUCAAAAGGAUGGUCCAAACCCUGUAGAUGACGACGGCUUCCCUUUCAGGCUCCUCUCCGUAGCUCUAGCAGUCUGCCUCUGCAACGACUCACCGCCUUCGGAGAAGUCCAAGGGCCCUGAACUCAGGCAAAUUGAGACAGCCACCAUGCAGAGGUCCAAAACUGACGUUUCUGCCAGUACUGCUGAACUGGCACAAAGGGUUUGGAAGCCCUUGACAAGAAGGCUCAGGCACCAACAUCGACUCAUUGCAGCUGAGGAAGCUCUCAUUGUUCACUCCCUCGAGGACGCAGAAGGCCUCACAGCUGAACUGGACUUGGUGAAGAUCCGUGUCUUGAACAAGCCGCAAGUAGAUCAUUGUAGCCGCGUCUUGAACUAG